AACAAUCUUUUUCAAACGUAUUUAAAAACGUUUGUUAUCAUUCUAUCCAUGCUUGUUUGUUCAGAAAAAACAAAUUUUUGAUGCUAGCUUUGACUUUAAUUUGUUUUUAACUUAAUCUCCAUUCAUAUUUUCUGACGAACACGACAAAGUCUUUGAAAUCGCACCAUCACCCUUAGGGUUAAUAAAAAUCAAAAAUUAUGUCAAUAUCGGCAACAGGGUAUGGGUCUCGGGCAUUUGUGUCAGUUUAUGGCGGGUAUUGGGCCAGGGCAAUCAACCAGUGUGUCGUCGGGUGUCACUUUUCUCAUAACGGAUUGACUCGGGUGUUGAAAGCCGUAAAUUUACUACGAUUUGCCUUUUUUCUUUCAAAAUGGCGGAAGAAGUUGUUAAGAUUUAGCCAUUUAUCAACGAUUAAUUCAUCAUUGCACUCACCAAAAGAUACUUAUAUUUCUAGGCAUACGUCAGUUUAAAAGAAAAUACAUACAUAGAACAAUAGUAUCCACGUACGCCCAUGUCGACCAUCAUUACACAAGAGUUAAAAGAUGUUAAAUCCAGAUUAAAUACCUUUGUUCCAACUGCAGAAAUAAUUGGGUGUCAUCCAGCUAACGUGCAAAUAAGAAUAACGAGAACAAAACACAAGCAAUGUGUAUGUCAAUUCCAAUUUCCUCAAGAUUAUCCAAAAGUUCCAAUUUUGUUGGAACUGAAGAGUAAACGGUUUCCAGAUAAAGUACUGAAUGCCAUUGCGAAUGUUACUGAAUUAGAGUCUAAAAAGUUGGUUGGAAAACCGCAGAUUAUAUCGCUUGUAAAAUUUAUAAAUAAAUUUAUUGAAGACAACCCACUGUUGGUAUGCUCUGAAGAAAUUUCUCAAAUAAAGAAAAAAAUAAUUUCUGAAGAAGACGAAUUUAAAGUGAAGCAAAAAGCUGGUGUUAUAGAUUACAAAAUAAAGUCAUGUAGAUAUUUUUUACACAUAAAAAUAACAAUUCCAGACCGAUACCCAGAAGAAUGUAUAAGUAUAGAACUCAAAGGAUCCAAUUUCCCUUCUAUUUUGGAAGCUCAUUUUUUCGGUCAAGCUAAAGAAAUAGCCAGACAAUGUAUUCAACCACCAUUAAGGAAAGAUCCGAAAGCUCCACCAUUUGAAGCGAAACCAUCUAUUCGUCCGGUAUUGGAAUACGUUUCCUCGCAAUGCGUUCAUAAAUUUCCUGUUGAAACGUGUCCAUGUUGUGGAAAACCAGCUUUAGCAGAAGAUCCAGAGCAAUGCGAAAGAAACCCAUAUGCUGAUUUCUUUGUCGAAUGGGUUUAUUGCAAGCAUAUUUAUCACCACACUUGUCUCGAUAAAUACAUGAAGUCUCCGCCAUUUACAGGUGGUAAAAAAUGUUUAAAAUGCGGAUCUAGAAUAUAUCAUGAAAAGUGGAACAUCUCGCCCGAACUGGCAGAAGAAAGGUGGGCUCAUAAAGAAGCUAGAAAAAGAGAAAUUGAAGAAGUUACAGAUUUUUUAGAUUUAAUGUGAAUGUUGAAUCAGAAAAUUGUGGUCUAUUAUCGAUUU